UUUGCUCAGUGAUUUUCAUCUCUCCCCCAAAAAAAAAAAAAAAAAAAAAUUCAUUUUCAAUUAAAAAUCCAAUCUUUCACCUUCUAGAGAGAGAGAGAGAGAGGAGAGAGAGGAAGCUCCCCCUGUAGUAGAUAGAGAGAGAGAGAGAGAGAGAGAGAAAGAGAGAGGCUUUGGUGUGCUUUCGAUGCUCAAAUAUGGUUGAAUUGGAAAAUCAGCAGACACCAUUGCGAUUGUGAUUCCGAGUUUUUGGAGAUGGGUUUUUGAGAGCUCUCGGUGAUCUUGCAAACCCAGAAAGCGAUCUUCGAUGCGGUGAUUGGAUUCGUCGGAUUUUGGGGUCUGGGCUUUUUGAUUUGGCUUUCUUUUUUUUUUUUGGUUUGAGAACGAAUUAGUGAGGAAGAAAUGAACGGUGCUGAUGAGGUCGUCGCAGCAGCUCCGGGGGGCCCUCCACCGGCGUCUCUCGAUUGGAAAUUCUCUCAGGUCUUCGGCGAGCGUACCGCCGGUGAAGAAGUUCAGGAAGUUGACAUUAUUUCUGCUAUUGAAUUUGAUAAAACUGGUGACCAUCUUGCUACUGGCGACAGAGGGGGCCGGGUGGUUCUUUUUGAGAGGACAGAUACAAAAGAUCAUGGUGGCUCCUCCAGAAGGGAUUUAGAAAGGAUGGAUUAUUCAGUCAGUAGGCACCCUGAGUUCCGUUACAAAACAGAGUUUCAGAGCCAUGAGCCUGAGUUUGACUAUCUGAAGAGUUUGGAAAUAGAGGAGAAAAUUAACAAAAUCAGAUGGUGCCAAACAGCAAAUGGUGCCCUGUUUCUCCUAUCUACUAAUGACAAGACAAUUAAAUUUUGGAAGGUCCAAGAAAAGAAGGUCAAGAAAGUUUCUGAGAUGAAUGUGGAUCCUUCAAAAACUGUAGCAAAUGGCAGUGUUGGUAGUUCAAGCAGUUUGAGUAAUCCUAAAAUGCAUCUUGCAAAUGGGGGAUGCCAGUCUUUCAGUUCUCUUAGCAAUGACAUUUCAUUUCCACCAGGGGGGAUUCCUUCGCUGCGACUGCCACAGGUAGUAACUAGCCAUGAGACUAGCCUGGUCGCUAGAUGUCGAAGAGUAUAUGCUCAUGCUCAUGAUUAUCAUAUCAAUUCAAUUUCAAACAACAGUGAUGGUGAAACUUUUAUAUCAGCUGAUGAUCUGCGAAUAAAUCUUUGGAACUUGGAAAUUAGCAGUCAAAGUUUCAAUAUUGUUGAUGUGAAGCCUACAAACAUGGAAGAUUUAACUGAGGUGAUAACAUCAGCAGAGUUCCACCCCACCCAUUGCAAUACAUUAGCCUAUAGCAGUUCCAAAGGCUCAAUUCGACUAAUUGAUUUGCGGCAGUCUGCUUUGUGUGAUUCUCAUGCUAAAUUGUUUGAAGAACAGGAGGCACCUGGUGCUAGAUCAUUCUUCACAGAGAUUAUUGCUUCAAUCUCAGAUAUUAAGUUUGCAAAGGAUGGUAGAUAUAUACUUAGCCGCGAUUACAUGACUCUUAAGUUAUGGGACAUCAAUAUGGAUUCAGGUCCAGUCACAACCUUCCAGGUUCAUGAAUAUUUAAGACCUAGGCUGUGUGAUUUAUAUGAGAACGAUUCUAUCUUCGAUAAAUUUGAGUGUUGUCUUGGUGGUGAUGGAUUGCGAGUAGCAACAGGUUCUUACAGCAAUCUAUUCCGUGUAUUUGGUUGUGGCUCUGGUAGUACUGAGGCUAUAACUUUGGAAGCAAGUAAAAAUCCAAUGAGGCGACAAGUUCAGACUCCUUCUAGACCUUCCAGGUCGCUCAGCAGUAGUAUAACACGAGUUGUCAGACGAGGUAAGUGCUUUCUCAUUGGCAUUUACCAUCAAAUCAAUUCUACGCCGUCCUUUUUGUUAUGUUUGACAUUACUUUUUCGACGACUGAUCACAGGAGCUGAAAGCCCCGGGGUCGAUGCCAAUGGAAACUGUUUUGAUUUCACAACAAAGUUGCUGCACUUAGCAUGGCAUCCAACUGAAAACUCAAUAGCCUGUGCUGCUGCUAACAGCUUGUACAUGUACUAUGCGUAAAGAUGGUCCAAGAAGAAAUGUAUUCUUGGUUAGCUUUUUUGGGUUGCUGCUGGAGAAGGCUUCCAUCCUUUCCCACCAACCAGUUUAUUGGAGGCCACACUAAUUUUCACAUUUCACGGUGCCCUUUGAACCUGUUGCACAUGGUCUUAGACGUCUCAAGGUCCGGAAGUGGCUGUCAUAGAAUCUACAAGGAAGCAACCUGAUUUUGUUCCCCGGUGGGCGGCAUCUCUUUUUCUUCAUCCUCCCAACCCCCAAAAUUCUCUUUCCUUUCUUUUUUCAUCCUUUUCUUUUUUACCUGCGUUUUCCUUUAAAAGAGAAGAUGCAGUCUUACAAUUGUGUUGGGUUGAAAUAGAAAAGAGAAUGUGAUUGUAGCUCUCCUACAACAAAUACUAAAGGAUGUUCAAUAUUUGCCACUAGGUUUAAGAUAUAAUGUAGUUGCUUCACACUAAAAGAUCUUGGUGGGAUAGAGCUGUUGAAUCUUGCAGUUCAUCAUUUUUUUAUUGAUUCUUUGUCGUGGUUGAAAUUUCA